AAUUUGUGAGGUUUGAGUUUGUUUCUCUGAUUUCAUUUGCUUGUGAAGAAAAAAACACAAAAAAACAAAAAUGGCGACGGUACCAUUGUUCAGCCAAUUCCCCUGCAAAACCCUAGUUCCAAGCUCAUCAAACACUAAAUUCCAGUCAAAAUCUCCGAUUCUACUGCCGAUUAACUCAGUCAAUCGGCGAUCGGAGAUUGGAAUCUCUGUUCAUCGGCCAGAUUUCAAAAUCCGAGCGACGGACAUCGACGACGAAUGGGGUCAAGAAGGAGUUGAGAGAGUAUUAUCCUCAUCGUCACCAGUAUCGGUGGCUGAGAAAGUAGCAGACGAAGCUAUCGAAUCCGUGGAGGAGACGGAGAGGCUAAAGAGAUCUCUAGCGGAUUCGUUGUACGGAACCGAUCGAGGUUUAAGCGCAUCGAGUGAUACGAGAGCUGAGAUCAGUGAGCUUAUCACGCAGCUUGAGUCUAAAAACCCUACUCCAGCUCCUAACGAAGCUCUGUUUCUCCUCAACGGCAAAUGGAUUCUCGCCUACACAUCAUUUGUGGGUCUGUUUCCAUUGCUCUCACGAAGAAUUGAGCCGUUGGUGAAAGUGGAUGAGAUCUCACAAACCAUUGAUUCCGAUAGCUUCACCGUUCAAAAUUCUGUUCGGUUUGCUGGUCCAUUUUCCACUACAUCGUUUAGCACUAACGCUAAGUUCGAAAUCCGGAGUCCUAAACGCGUCCAGAUUAAGUUCGAGCAAGGUGUUAUCGGGACUCCUCAGCUAACGGAUUCGAUUGAAAUCCCGGAGUCCGUGGAGGUUCUUGGUCAGAAAAUCGAUCUCAACCCCAUUAAAGGGAUACUUACGUCGGUCCAAGACACUGCUUCUUCAGUGGCUAGAACCAUUUCAAACCAACCACCAUUGAAGUUUUCCCUGCCUAGCGACAACACGCAGUCGUGGCUGCUCACAACUUAUCUCGACAAAGACCUUCGGAUCUCUAGAGGCGAUGGCGGAAGCGUCUUUGUUCUCAUCAAAGAAGGAAGCUCUCUCUUAAACCCUUAAAUCAUCAUUACUCACAUCACUUCCAUAGUAAGAUAUAUAGAACUAUGUGUCUUGUGUUUGAUAGUGUUGUAACUGUUAUAUAGCUUCUUUACCUGUUGGAGAGUUAUGAUGGAUGUUACUCUUGGAAUAUAUAUAUACAUAGAUACGUAAUUGAAUCGGCCGGUUAUGAUUUUGCUAAGCCAAGACUAAACAUUGAUUCACAUU